AUGUCCUCCAAGACCAUCGCCGUCCUCGACGAGUCCGACCUCAAAGAGGGAGAGAUGAAGCAAGUCGGCUUCGAGGGCGAAGGUCAGGUCCUGCUCUCUCGAAUCGGCGACAAGGUCCAUGCCACCAGCGCUUUCUGCACCCACUACGGCGCACCGCUCGCCAAGGGUGUUCUCACCGCGGACGGUCGCGUAGUAUGUCCAUGGCACGGUGCCUGCUUCAAUGUAUGCUCCGGCGACAUUGAGGACGCCCCAGCCCCUACGGCGCUCCACUCGUUCAAGGCCGAGAUCGUGAACGGAAAGAUUCAGGUCACCGCGGACCCCUCCACGACCUUGCGCGCGAACAAAUCGCGCCCAUCUAACCUCGCCGCGACCGGCGCGGACGUCUCGGGGCAGACUCCCGGCGUCGUUGUCGUCGGCGGAGGUAGCGGUGCGUUAGGUGCUGUCGAAAGCCUCAGAGAAUUUGGCUACAAGGGCCCGAUAACCAUCCUCACCAAGGAGCAACACGGCCCCAUCGACCGAACGAAGCUGAGUAAGGCUCUCAUCACGGACGCCUCGAAGUUGGAGUGGAAGUCGGCGGCAGAACUGCGGGGCAAGUAUGGCGUGAACAUGCGAAUGGGCGUCGAAGUAUCUGGCGUCGAUGCGGCCUCGAAGGCCGUCCUCGUCGGACAAGAGCGCGUCCCCUACGAGACGCUCAUCCUCGCGACCGGCGGCAUCCCUCGUCGUCUGCCUGUCCCCGGGAAGGACUUGUCCAACGUCUUCACGCUUCGCGACGUUGGGGAUGCGAAGGAGAUUGACGCGGCUGCACAGGCUGGCAAGCGUCUUGUCGUGAUCGGCUCGUCGUUCAUCAGCAUGGAGCUGGUCGUCGCCGUGUCCAAGCGCAGCCUCGCGUCCAUCGACGUCAUCGGCAUGGAGGAGUUCCCCUUCGAAAUGGUGCUCGGGAAGAAGAUUGGCGCAGGGAUCAAGAAGUUCCACGAAUCAAACAGCGUCAAGUUCCACAUGCAAUCCAAGGUGGAGAAGAUCGUCCCCUCGGACGCGGACUCUUCUAAGGCUGGCUCUGUCGUUGUCACCUCGAGCACUGGCCAGAGCACUACGCUCCAGGCAGACUUGGUCAUUAUGGGUGUUGGUGUUGGCCCUGCGACCGAGUUCCUCAGGAGCAGCCCCGGAUUCGAGCAAGCCCUCGACAGGAUUGGUGCCGUUCAGGUUGACGAAUUCAUGAAGGUCAAGGGUGUUGAGAACGUCUACGCGAUCGGUGAUAUCGCCAUGUACCCUCAACCCGGCACCGGCGAAAUGAGGAGGAUCGAGCACUGGAACGUUGCUGGAAACCAAGGUCGCGCCGUGGGCAAGACAAUUGCCGAAGGCAAGGGCCAACCGUUCGUGAAGGUCCCCGUCUUCUGGAGUGCGCAGGGCCAGCAGUUGCGUUACUGCGGUGUGGGCGCUGGGCACGACGAUAUCAUCAUCGACGGCAACCCUGAAGAGCUGAAGUUCGUCGCAUACUACACCAAGGGUGACAAGAUUAUUGCAGUGGCAAGCAUGCAAAGGGAUCCCCUGGUCAUGAAGGCUUCCGAACUUUUGCGUCUCGGCCUCAUGCCUAGCGCUUCAGAGAUCAAGGCAGGAAAGGAUGUAAUGUCCAUCAAGGCGUGA